ACAGGUGCACAAACUAUAAAUCCCGCUGCGCACUAACGGAGAGGCAGGAUUCUGCAGCUCCCCGGUGCACGGUCGACACUCGAUCAUGGAGCGGUUUCCACUCAGCGUGCAGGUGAUCGGAGUCAUGCACAAAGAGAAGACAAAAAUGUACAUGACCUCGGUUCUGUGGACCGACCAGAACGACAUUGUAGUUUACAGAACUUUGAAGGAAUUUUGGAAAAUGCAUAAACAGCUGAAGAAAGAAUUCCCACCUGCAAAUAAACUGAAAAAGUCGGACAGAAUCCUCCCGAAAUUCCGUGCGGUUAGGAUGAGAAGUGGCCCCAAAAAAGGCCCGGCAAAGUCCCUCCAUCGUCUUACACUGCUGCAGAAAUACUGCGACCAACUUCUGACCUGCGACCCGAGGGUCAGCCAGUCUGCUGACCUCAUCCGGUUCUUCCACCCUAAAGAUCAAGAUCUGCAGCCUGAUUUCCCCAAGAACAGUGUCAUCAUCAUGCCAUCUGAGGUUGACACCAGCGUCAGUAGUCCGGGAGGGAACGUGACCGACCCCUUUAUCACCGAGACGUACCGCUGCGUGGCCUCAUACGAGACCAAAGACACCAGGAACAAACCCUUCAAAGUGGCUGCCGAUGAGAAGGUGGACGUGCUGAUAAAAGAUAAAGCUGGAUGGUGGCUGGUGGAAAAGGAGGACAAACGCAUGGCAUGGUUUCCUGCACCGUACCUGGAGAAGGUGGGGGACGAUGGAGAAGACAUGGAUGAGCUGUCGGAGAGAGGAACGUACACGGUGGUGAAGAACUACACAGCCACCAAAGAUGACGAGCUGACCGUCUCCAUGGGGUCAAACGUGGAGGUGCUGCAGAAGUCCGACAACGGCUGGUGGCUCAUCAGAUACAAUGGUCAGGCUGGUUACAUCCCCACGAUGUACCUGAAGCCCUACAGCUUCCCCCACGUCCGGAUGGCGGCCCACAAAGACCACCGCGCCCCCUCCCCUCUUCUGCUCACGCCUCCCUACCAGCAACACUCGCAGCAUCUCAGCCGCUCUCAAGGGGAUCUCCUGCAGCUCCCCCCUCUGAGCUCCUCCUCCCCCCAUAUGUGGAGCAACUACCGGUCUCACUCUAUGGAAGUCCUGUCCAAACCGUCUCCUCCAGCUGCUCCUGCCAGGAGCUUAGCUCCGCCUCCCGCCAUCAGGGUGGACAGAGUGGAGGACGAGCGAAGCGGAAGCGACGACAGCUUCACCAGCGCCGACUUCAGCCUCAGCAGCUCUUCCGCCAGUUCCUCCUUCAAUCUGAGCCCCACCACAGAGGCCUUGCCCGUCAGUAAGACCCCACCCCCCAUUCUGAACACACAUCUCUCACCCAUGCACGGACAGGAGGGGAGGAUGGUGUCCAGCGUCUCUGACCCGAACGUCUACAAGGCAGCCGCGUCACCCAAGGUGCCCCCGAGACCACAAGCCCAGGAGAUCCUCACCCGCUGCUCCACCGUGACUCGGAAAAAUGCCUCCAAAGGAAAUCUCUCACCCUCUGGAACUGAGAUUCAGAGUCGAUGAGCAUCCGCCACCCUUCACCCUCAAUGGUAACUUUGAUAAGAGCGAGGUCAGCUAUACUGUGUAGCAUAAUGCAAAAAGUUUUGAUAUAUAUUCCUCACUGGAAGACUGUUGUACAUGUGGACGUUCUACCGGUCGAUCGGGAUGUGCCAGAAAAGAGAGGAGGGUUCCAGAGUGAAGGAAGUCUGGGCCUCUUUACUUUAGCUGCUGCCCCCACGACCCACGCUUGUGCCAACAGAGGAAAAUGAAUGUACAUACAGAAAGUUGAUGAAUGUUAUUUUACUGAAACUGUGUGUGUGAAAAUGUCAAUGGGAUUAUGUGUAAAUGAAUUUGGAGAAUGAAUAAAUUAGAGUGUUACAGAUAUGACUGAGAUUUAUU